AGUUUAAGAGAAGAUGAGCGUGAGACGCAUAUUCUCCGGAGAGAUCUCGUCCUACGGAGAAUAUAUUCAGGGUUUGGAGAAGAUAGGAGUCGACUACGGAGAAGCGGAGAAGGCUCGAGAUGUGCUGUGUAAAGAAGAGACCUGGAGAGAGACCUGUAGGAUCGUGAAACAGGACGGAAUAAAACUGGGAUCCAUCCCACUAGUUCUAGAUACUCUCAUAAGGUUUGCAGCCCAAGAUGGAUUAAAUAAGGAAAUCUAUGAUCAGUUAAACAUGAUGCCAAGACUAGCGUGUCAGGUUUACGAAACCCAGUUCACGGAGCGGGAUCUUAUGGAGAAGGAGGAGAAGAAUAAGAUUUCAGGUUUUCUCAGGAAAAAAUCCCUAAACAAGAGCAGAUCCAGGAUUGACGAUAUGGAUGUGGAUACAAGAGUGGUGCUAUACGGGCUAAUUGUAUUUACUAGGAGCAGUUUGAAUCCCCUGGAACUAGACAUGGUUAGAGUUGAAAUUAGAGCUGAUGUUACUCCGUCCUAUCCUCAAUCCCAUAAACUAGUUAGUUCUACUCACUACUACAGGUUGACCGGAUUGAAAGCUCUGCUCGGAGAGUCCAGGAGAAAUAUCAGAUCUCUGAGCUCCAGGUAUGAGGAAGUACUAAUCUGGAAGGAUGAAGGACGGAUACCUCCUCUCUUUGUUCAAGGUUCAGCAGUAACAGAUCUUAAGCUCAUUGAACCUCCUCGCGUGGAAAAACUAAGAUUGGGUCUGGCAGAUUUGAAGGGAGAAAUUGCCGAUCUAGCAAAUACUAGUUUUAGUCCGGAGCAAGAGAUACAAACAGUCCUGGAGGAUAAUAUCUUGGUUCGGAGUAACUGGCAAACCCAAAUCUACUCAACCUGGAGUAUUCUUCCUGAUCAAAACCAACAUUUCAUCUUUAAUUUGGCAAUUUUUAAGAAAGGAGGAGCCUUCUGUAAAUGCCAGGUUCGGGUUGGAUUUCUCCGGGACGGCGGAGAUCAAAAUCCGUCCUGCUUCUCCGCGUCCUUAGUUGGACUGGACUCUAAGCACCUGGAUAUUCUCAAGAUACUAAGUCUGAGGAAGCUUAGAGAUGAUUUCAAAGAACUAGAUAUUCGCCUUCAGCUCCCAGGAGGACGGGACCCUGAGAAGGUUCCGCUUCCUCAGGUUUCAACUCAGCUUGCUCAGACUCAACCUCAAUCUAAACCCGAUCAAAAAUCCUUUAUGAGUUGGUUUUCUAAGAGUAAAGAUCAUCAAACUGAGAACCAGGUUUAUCUGAAUAAUCUGAAUCCUGUAGAAGAAAACUUAGCUCCUAGACCUAGACUACACAGACAGCAAACCUUGAUUGAUCCUGAUGCAAACCUGUACCCGGAGAUAAGCAAAGAAUCAAACAAAGUGAUGUCUUCUCUCAAAGUACCCGGAGACAUACCUCACAUACCUCUGAUACCGGAGAGACUAACAGAGCAGAACUAUGGAAAGGAAAAAACUAAUAAGGAUCCUCCUUUUGAGAAGAAAUCUGUUCCAAGUUUCAAUCCUCUCCGACGUUUAUCCAGCUACCUGGAGCCCCAUGAACCUGCCGGAGAAACACUACCCGUCCCUACUCCGCUACUAUCUGGAAACAGGCCCAAGUUGAGCCGGGCCCCGUCGAUAAUCUCGACUGCAUCGAGCGACACGCGACGGUCCAGCAUAAUCCUGGACAUGCGGGAAGCGAUAAGUGAGAGCGGGAAGCGAUUAUCCUCGAUUGUAGCGGAGAAUCAGAGUAAAGCCCUGGAAACGCUUCUAGCAGAUCUUCACGGUCGAGGACUCACGAACAAACGAUUGAUUCUCUAUCUGGUUAUCGGAGCUUUAUUUUGUUUUCUCCUGUUUUGGUUUCUUCUCUUGGUUUGGGAGCACAUUCUUCUCUUGAGAGAUGGAUUGACCAGCCAGCUGUCCCAGCUGUCGGAAAACCAAGACAGUCAGCUGUCACAGCUGACAAGAAGAUUGGAAAAUAUGGAACAGCUGAUCUCAGAGCUAGGGGGGCAGAAUAUUAAUAAUCAGCUGGAUUCUGUUCUGGAAGAACUCAAGGCGGGUAUGGAGGGAAACACGAUAAAGGUUGCUGUUAUGGAUAAACUAGUAGAGGAACUAACAGGAAUAGAAAUAGCUCUCACCACCCUCCAAGCCCAGGUUCGCGAUGGUUUAUCCUGUGGUUGGAAUCCAAUUUCUCAUCUCCUCUCCUCUCAACACAAUGAACUCUAACAUUAAAACAAACUUAACAUUUAUUCAAAUUUAGAAUAGUCCAACCAAUAUUAAUAUAUACACUCAUUGAGUCUAAACAUAGUUUUGAUUAUAUUGGACGAAAUAAUAAAUAAAUACAGUGUUCAUCACAAACAUGAAGAGGGAGUCUCUCUACGUAUACAAACCACACAUGAAGAAGGAUGGUUUCAGACCCGGAUUUACUUCCUGGCCGGGUUCACACUCUUCUUAUCAUCGUCAAGGAAGGCGUAGUAGUCCUUACUGUAAUAUAAUAUAAGAAUAA